CGACAAUUUCUGCAUUUGCGAAGGGUACAGUGUGCCUCGAUACCUCAUGUAUGAGAUCUACUUGGAGACCUGUGGGCAAAGUGCACAGAACCAAGUCAACCCAGCAAUGUUUGGGAAGUACGAGGAUCAUUCACCAAUAAAGACAGACCCAGCUGGAUUCCCGUUGUCUGAAUUCAGGAGAUGUCCAUUCUGGGAGCAAGAACUGGCAAAGAAAUACUCCUAUAAGAUGAUGGCCUUUCUUGCUGAUGAAUACUGCAACUAUUGUCAAGACAUUUUACAAAAUGUGGAGGACUUGCUUACUUCCUUCUGGAAGUCUCUGCAGCAAGACACAGUCAAGCUGAUGUCACUACCUGACGUGUGCCAGCUCUUUAAAUGCUACGAUGUGCAGCUCUACAAGGGAAUUGAGGAUGUUCUUCUUCAUGACUUCUUGGAAGAUGUUUCUCUUCAGUACCUGAAAGCUAUCCGGUUAUUCAGUAAGAAAUUCAAACUGUGGCUUCUUAAAGCUUUGGAAAGUUUUCCAGUCCUCCUACAGAUCUCCAAACUCAAAGAGGUCACUGUGUUUGUCAAAAGACUAAGAAGAAAGACCUACCUUUCCAACAUGGCAAAGACCAUGAGAAUGGUACUGAGAAAUAACCAGAGGGUCAGCAUUUUGAAGUUGGAUCUGCACACCAUCAUCCUCCAGGGCGCUGUGGAUAUUUCUAAGAAAGCCCUAGAAAGUGACUCCAACAAGGCGGAUAACCUGGAGAACAACUCGGAGAUGAAAUGCUUAAGCAGUUUAAUUUCUCUGCUGGGAACAUCAACAGAUCUCAGUGUAUUCCUGAGCUGUCUGUCAUCAAAUCUCCAAGCAUUUGUCUUCCAGCCCAGCAGAAGUAAAGAGGAGUUUCUCAAACUGGCGGCCAGUUUCCAGCUAAAGUGGAAUUUCCUUCUCACUGCCGUGAGCAAAGCUAUGACCCUCUGUCACAGAGACAGCUUUGGCUCCUGGCAUCUAUUUCAUUUGCUGCUUUUGGAAUAUGUGAUUCAUAUACUUCAGUCAUGCAUAGAAGAGGAGGAAGAGGAGGAGGAGGUGGGGAAUGUCAAGGAAGUGCUCCCAGAUGACCAGACUCUCGACCAGCCAGACCAGGCACUUUUCCGCCCUCCAGAUUCUUCACCCACUCGAGGUGCAGGAAGGCCAAGUGUGGAGCCAGCCCAGGUGAUGAGCCAGAGCCAGUGUUCCGUGGGUGUGAGCAGCGUGGUCCUCAGGAUCCUGGCAUUUCUGAUGGACACUGUCACAGGCAAGCAGCUUAUGCAGGUAUUGCUGAAAGACAAGACCACCAAAAUCACCGUUAAACUCAGCCUUCCUGUGGGACCCCUUGUAACCCUAAAAGUUGAUCAGACAUCUGUGACUCACAUAGCAGAUGUACCCCAAAGCUCUGAAAACAUUUGUUUUCGAGAAAGCAAUGCUAAUAUGUAA